UACAGUUGUCUGAGAUACAGAAGUGAAUUGCAAAUAAUUGUCUUCUAUAUAUGAAAAACAGAGAUGCUCGGAUCAGAGAAACGAGCUAUGCGAUCUCUCUCAAACCACAACAGAGCAGAGCACGAGACGACAAUAACCUGGCAGCCUAACCGGUUCCUGAGCUCGAUCCUCCCACUAUCCUCCUCAACAUCAACAUCAUCUACACAGCCGACCUCGAUAGAGAAGAGCCUAGAGAGCGACAAGGAGAAUGGCAGACCGGGGUACAAGCAGCAGCACACAGCACAAGCAGCAGCACAGAUGAGCGAUUCGUCGAUUCCGGCCGAGAUAAGGCAGCAGAUGGUCACGAACGGGGUCGGGUUCUACGGGAUGAUGAGGCGGCGGUCUGCUACCGCGAGCUCGAAUUGGGAUUGCGUGCUGCUGGAUGAUGCAGCGAUUGAUAUCGGGUUGAGUGGUAGUAAUGAUUUAGGGAGCAGAGAGAGUGCAAAGAGGGAAAGGAGAGAUACUGGAGAGGACGACGAGAUGGUGCGGAUCAUGGGCGAGUACUGUCUGUGGAAUAAGCGGCGGUCGGUCGUCGAUCAAACAACCUCAACACCUUCUGCUCCUCCUCUCAGCAUGGCAGUCACCGCGACCUCCCCCGGACGCGUGCGCAGACGCGAAGAAGGCGGCGCGAUGGGCGACGUCGUCGGGCAAUGCCACGACCUUUUGUUCGAGGAGGACUACAUCCGCUGACAUAAUUGAUUACGGGCCGAGAUAAUCCGGGCAGCCGCGGGCGCUGAUUGGGCGUUGCGAGAAAGCGGGGCAGUCGGCCGGCUAUAAGUGGCCUUCCGUGCUCACCCGAGCUUACGUAAGAACCGAGGGGUUCUCUAUUCAAUAGUCGUUGGUUGUAGUAUUAUUGUCAAUUGUAUCAAUUG